GGGCUUCGAUUGUCAUUAGUCGCAAAUCGAGAGCUGCGAAAGAUUAUCCUACCAACCGAAAUCAGAAUGAAGUUCAUUGCCGCUGUCUGUGUGCUGUUCGCCCUGCUGGGAAUCGCCUUCGGCCUCAAGGAUCCUGUCUGCGGACUGCCCCCGAAAUCCGAUGGCAACGGACUCAUCAAGUGCGCCGCCUUCAUGCCCUCCUUCAGCUUCGAUGCCGCUAGCAACUCCUGCCAGUCCUUCGUCUAUGGAGGAUGUGGAGGAAACGACAACCGAUUCCCCAGCCAGGAGUCCUGCGAGCAGAAGUGUAAGGAGUAAUGUCCCGGAACUCAACACGAAAAUGAUACGGAAAUGAACUAUGCUGAAUAAAAGACCUUUCAAUAGA